GGGAGCUGGCGGGCGCGGAGAUCCGGACGGAGGCCGAGGCCGGGGCUGUGUGCCGGGCGCCUAGGAGAGGUGUGCAGUUUUCGAUCGAAGCCCCGGGACCCCGCUGCCCUUCGGGGCCGCCAGCCUCCGGCUCCUCUCCGGCACCAGCAGCUACUCGGCGACCCCCGUCCGGCCGCCUCCCCUUCGCUCCGCGUCGCCCGCAGCCUUCCGUCUGCCCGCAAACGAGCCCGGCCGGCCGGGCCGUGGCCCUCCUCAGUGCCGGCCGCCAUGGCAGGGGCGCUCGGCGCGAGGGAAAUCUAGUCCGAGGAUUUCAUGCGGCCUAGCUCGGUUCCGUCUCUUGCGCCCGCGGUCCCGGCAGCUGCCGGCAACCCAGCCCCACUUCGGGCCUCCGUGUCUCUCCUGUGAUCGUACUGACACGGCCGGGGGGUUAGAAUGGAACAAACUGAAGGCUCGAUGAGAGAAAGGGAAAGUUAAGGAUGCUGGAGCAGAACAAUGGAUUUCUCUUUCUCUUUCAUGCAAGGGAUCAUGGGAAACACAAUUCAGCAACCACCUCAACUCAUUGACUCCGCCAACAUCCGCCAGGAGGAUGCCUUUGAUAACAGCAGUGACAUUGCUGAAGAUGGUGGCCAGACACCCUUCGAAGCUACUUUGCAACAAGGUUUUCAGUAUCCACCCACAACAGAAGACCUUCCUCCACUCACAAAUGGCUACCCACCAUCGAUCGGCUUGUAUGAAACUCAGACCAAAUACCCGCCAUAUAACCAGUAUCCCAAUGGGUCAGCCAACGGUUUUGGUGCAGUUAGAAACUUUAGCCCCACUGACUAUUACCAUUCAGAAAUUCCAAACACAAGACCACAUGAAAUUCUGGAAAAACCUUCUCCUCCACAGCCACCUCCUCCUCCUCCUUCGGUACCACAAACUGUAAUCCCAAAGAAGACAGGCUCACCUGAGAUUAAACUAAAAAUAACCAAAACUAUCCAGAAUGGCAGGGAGUUGUUCGAGUCCUCCCUUUGUGGGGACCUUUUAAAUGAAGUCCAGGCGAGUGAGCACACGAAGUCAAAGCACGGGAGCAGGAAGGAGAAGAGGAAAAAGAGCAGCAGGCACGAGGCGUCUGGACCCGAAGAGCGCCGGCCACACAAGACCCCCAAGUUAGAGCCAGAGGCACAGAGUAGACCAAAUGAGAGGGUGGACACCGCACCAGAAAAACCAAGAGAAGAGCCAGUGCUCAAAGAAGCCGUCCCGGUUCAGCCAAUACUGUCUUCUGUUCCAACAACAGAAGCGUCCACUGGUGUUAAGUUCCAGGUUGGUGAUCUUGUUUGGUCCAAGGUGGGAACCUAUCCUUGGUGGCCUUGUAUGGUUUCAAGUGAUCCCCAGCUUGAGGUCCAUACCAAAAUUAACACAAGAGGUGCCCGGGAAUAUCAUGUCCAAUUUUUUAGCAACCAGCCAGAGAGGGCAUGGGUUCAUGAGAAACGGGUACGGGAGUAUAAAGGUCACGAACAGUAUGAAGAGUUACUAGCCGAGGCAACCAAACAAGCCAGCAACCACUCUGAAAAACAAAAGAUUCGGAAACCCCGGCCUCAGAGAGAGCGCGCCCAGUGGGACAUUGGCAUUGCGCAUGCGGAGAAGGCUUUGAAGAUGACUCGGGAAGAGAGAGUGGAACAGUACACUUUCAUCUACAUUGACAAGCAGCCAGAAGAGGCUUCAUCCCAAGCAAAGAAGAACGUUACCUCCAAGACCGAAGUUAAGAAACCUCGAAGACCAAGAUCUGUGCUCAAUAGUCAGCCAGAACAGACCAAUGCUGGGGGGGUGGCCUCCUCACAGUCAAGUACUGACCUUCGGAGACAGAGCCAGAGGCGGCACACAAGUGUGGAGGAGGAAGAGCCCCCUCCUGUUAAAAUAGCCUGGAAAACAGCGGCCGCGAGGAAAUCCUUACCAGCCUCCAUCACAAUGCACAAAGGGAGCCUAGAUUUGCAGAAGUGUAAUAUGUCUCCAGUUGUGAAAAUUGAACAAGUGUUUGCUCUUCAGAACGCGACAGGAGAUGGGAAGUUCAUUGAUCAGUUUGUUUAUUCAACGAAGGGAAUUGGUAACAAAACAGAAAUAAGUGUCAGGGGGCAAGACAGGCUUAUAAUCUCCUCGCCGAGUCAGAGAAAUGAGAAGCCAACUCAGAACACGUCAUCUCCCGAGGCAACAUCUGGCUCUGCAGGCCCAGGAGAGAAGAAGCAGCAGAGGAGAUCUGUCAGGACUCGAUCUGAGUCAGAGAAAUCCGCCGAGGUUGUGCCAAAGAAGAAGACCAAGAAGGAGCAGGUUGAAACAGCUCCCCAGGCUUCCCUGAAGACUGGAUUACAGAAAGGUGCCAGCGAGAUUUCAGAUUCCUGUAAGCCUCUAAAGAAAAGGAGUCGCGCCUCAACCGAUGUGGACACAGCUAAUUCCGCGUACAGAGACACGUCUGACUCCGAUUCUCGAGGACUGAGUGAUCUGCAGGUAGGCUUUGGGAAAGAAGGAGAUAGCCCUUCAGCGGCUGCAGAUGCAGAUGCUUCUGACUCACAGUCGGUGGACUCCAGUUUGUCUCGGAGAGGCGUUGGCCUGAGUAAGAAGGACACCGUGUGUCAGAUCUGUGAAACCGCUGGUGAUUGUCUGGUCUCUUGUGAGGGGGAGUGCUGCAGACACUUUCACUUGGAGUGCCUGGGGCUGACUGCGGUCCCUGAGGGAAGGUUCAUCUGCGAGGAGUGUGAAACUGGCCAGCACCCAUGUUUCUCAUGUAAAGUGUCUGGUAAGGAUGUGAAGCGUUGUUCCGUCAGUGUCUGUGGGAAGUUUUAUCAUGAAGCCUGUGUCCGCAAAUUCCCCACUACCAUCUUUGAGUCGAAGGGGUUCCGCUGUCCCCAGCACUGCUGCUCCUCCUGCUCUGUGGAGAAGGACAUCUACAAAGCAAGUAAAGGGCGGAUGAUGAGAUGCUUGAGGUGUCCAGUCGCCUAUCACUUUGGAGAUGCCUGUGUUGCUGCUGGAAGCGUCUCUGUGUCCUCCCACAUUCUCAUCUGUAGUAACCAUUCCAAACGGAGUAGUCAGUCUGCUGCCGCCGUAAACGUAGGCUUUUGUUUCGUUUGUGCCAGAGGGCUGAUAGUUCAGGACCAUUCAGACCCCAUGUUCAGUUCCUAUGCCUAUAAAUCCCACUACCUACUGAAUGAGUCAACCCGUGCUGAGUUGAUGAGAUUACCUAUGAUUCCUUCUUCGUCAGCCUCCCAAAAGAAAUGUGAGAAAGGUGGAAAAUUGCUCUGCUGUGAGACAUGCCCGGCUUCCUUCCACCCGGAGUGCCUGAACAUAGACAUGCCAGAAGGCUGCUGGAACUGCAAUGACUGUAAAGCUGGCAAGAAACUGCAUUACAAGCAGAUUGUUUGGGUCAAACUGGGAAAUUACAGAUGGUGGCCUGCAGAGAUCUGCAGCCCCAGGUCUGUGCCUCUGAACAUCCAGGGCCUGAGGCACGACUUGGGGGACUUCCCUGUGUUCUUCUUUGGGUCUCAUGACUACUACUGGGUACACCAAGGCAGAGUGUUCCCUUAUGUGGAAGGAGACAAAAGCUUUGCUGAGGGACAGACCAGCAUUAACAAGACCUUCAAAAAAGCACUGGAGGAAGCUGCAAAGCGCUUCCAGGAGUUGAAAGCACAGCGGGAGAGUAAGGAGGCUCUGGAGAUAGAGAAAACCUCAAGAAAGCCACCGCCCUACAAGCACAUCAAGGCUAACAAAGUGAUAGGGAAGGUACCAGUCCAGGUGGCUGACCUGUCGGAGAUCCCCCGCUGUAACUGCAAGCCCGCUGAUGAAAACCCUUGUGGCUUGGAGUCGGAGUGUCUGAACAGAAUGUCACAGUACGAGUGUCACCCGCAGGUGUGCCCUGCUGGGGACCGCUGUCAGAACCAAUGCUUCACAAAGAGGCUCUACCCCGAUGCAGAGAUCAUCAAAACGGAGCGGAGAGGCUGGGGCCUCAGAACCAAAAGAAGCAUUAAGAAGGGUGAAUUUGUAAACGAAUAUGUUGGUGAAUUAAUUGAUGAAGAAGAAUGCAGACUCCGAAUCAAGCGAGCGCACGAGAACAGUGACCGAAUCAUUGAUGCUGGCCCCAAAGGAAAUUACUCUCGGUUCAUGAACCACAGUUGCAAUCCAAACUGUGAGACGCAGAAGUGGACAGUCAAUGGAGAAGUUCGAGUAGGACUCUUUGCUCUUUGCGAUAUCCCUGCAGGGAUGGAGUUAACGUUUAAUUAUAACCUGGACUGUCUGGGCAAUGGCAGGACAGUGUGCCACUGUGGGGCAGACAACUGCAGCGGCUUUCUAGGAGUACGACCAAAGUCCGCCUGUGCAUCCGCUGCUGACGAGAAGUCGAGAAAUGCUAAGUUAAAGAAAAGACGGAAAGUGAAAACAGAACCAAAGCAGAUACACGAGGACUACUGUUUCCAGUGUGGGGAUGGGGGAGAGCUGGUCAUGUGUGAUAAAAAGGACUGUCCCAAAGCCUACCACCUCCUAUGCCUUAACCUGACGCAGCCGCCGUACGGAAAGUGGGAGUGUCCAUGGCAUCAGUGUGACGAGUGUGACAACGCAGCCAUCUCUUUCUGUGAAUUCUGUCCACACUCAUUUUGUAAAGAUCAUGGAAAGGGGGCUCUGGUACCCUCUGCACUAGAAGGUCGUCUCUGCUGCUCUGACCACAACCCCGAAUCUCCUGUGUCACCAGAAUAUUGGAACAAGAUCAGAUGUAAACGGGAACCCCAAGAUCCUGGAGAAGACGUGAAAGAGUGAGCAGUGGUUCUUUCCUGCCCUGCUGUUCAGAAUGGAAGCGGACAACAGAUGAUGCAUUUAAACCAGGGCGGUUGCUGAGACGGCCGUACAGGGAGACAGGAACCAGUUCACAGGCUGAGCAGGCGGUGUCGGGGCUCUAGUUUGUUCUGUUGCUUUGGGGAGAGUUUGGUGGACAGUGAAAUUCCCUUGGUCUUUUCUUGC